UUUGUGUUACUCUGUAGUGUUUACUUUAUCGUCAUUUUAAUCAAAUUAAAACAAUAUUGUGUAGGAAAUACAGUUUGAAAGUUGCUCUAAACUAAAAAGUGAAAAACGUCUCAAAAUUCUUGUAAUGCAUCGCAGGAUACUUUGAAUACUUAGCAGCGGAAUAAAGAAAAUAGUAUGGAACAUUAAUUCUUUAUUCAAAUUCUACACAGAACAAAGUUAUUCCAUGUAAGCGAACUGUCCUAGUAACAUUUAUGUUUUGUUACAGUAUCAAUAAAAAUGGCGACGGUUAAACAUAUAGAAACAAAACGCAUCCAACUCACUGAUAAUCGUCCAAGGGACGAUAUGAAUAACGAGAUCUCGUCUACAUCCAGCGAAAGUUCGACCUCCGAUCCGAUCACGAAGUUCAACAACUUCUAUCGAUCCUCGUAUAUACAGUCCCAGUCCGACAGCGAAGGCCCGCCAAGGAGGUCCGUCCAGUUAUCAAGAAACCACUAUAAAUCCAUGGGCAACAUAAACGAUAUGUACACAGAGGUGACGUCAGUACAAAAUAGCAUUUCCAACAUAGAUCUGAACUUGCACAGUACAGAAAUAAAGAAAUUCGAAGCCCUCCGCAUACCCAUAGUGGGUUACGAGGUUAUGGAAGAACGCGCGCGGUUCACGAUAUACAAACUGAAAGUUGAGGACGAUAAGAGAGACCAAUCCUGGCUGGUGUUCCGGAGGUACACGGACUUCGUGCGUUUAUACAACAGGGUCAAAAACCAACAGCCUAAUCUAAUGCUACCUUUGCCGGGAAAAAGGUGGUUCAGAGACAACUUCGAGCCCGCUUUUCUCGAAGAAAGGGUACGGGGCUUACAGAUUUUCGUUAACGCGGUUCUGAGCAAGCUGCCCAACCAUCCUGUGGUGAGAGAGUUCUUCUGCUUGGAUGAGCCACCUCAGGUUUUCAGCUACCAGCCCGAAGUUCAAGCGGUGUACGGUGCGCUGGAAGAUUCUAUAAGUACGAUGAAGGUGCAGCUUAAACAAAAGGACGCUACCAUCAUGCAUUUACAAAAGCGCGUCGGCCAAUUGGAAGAUCAGGUUAAGAAUUGUCCAACGUGUAGUACAAAUAAGUCGGCGUGUAUGUAGUCUUUAUUUUACUUUUAAGGAAGGUGUGGGAAAUGUUUGGACGUUCGGUCGUAUCUAUUUUGCUGGAUAGGAUAGGAUGAUGUGGGAUCCUAGAUCAUCCGAUCGUAUCGAGUUUGUUGGAUAAGACAUUUGAUCUAGUUCGUUUAUCUAGUUUGUUGCAUAGGAUCCUAGGACAACCGCUUGUAUUUCAUUCGUUAGAAACAAUCGGAUGGUGUAGGAUCCUUGAUCAUACGAUCAAAUCUAGUUUGUUGGUAGGAUCCUAGAUCAUCCGAUCUUAUCGAGUUCGUUGGAUACAAUCGGAUGGUGUAGGAGCUUAGAUCAUCUGAUAGUAUCUAGUUUGUUGGAUAGUAUCCUACGACAUCCGAUCAUAUUUGGUUCAUUACAUACGAUCGGAUGGUGUAGGAUCCUACAUCAUCCUAUCCUAUCCAGCAAAAUAGAUACGACCGAAGGUCCAAAUAUUAUCCGAUCGUAUCUUGUUUUUUUGAUAGGGUCCUAGGACAACCGCUCGUAUCUCGUUCGUUAGAUACGAUCGGAUGGUGUAGGAUCCUAGAUCAUCCAAUCGUGUCUAGUUUAUGGGACAGUUAUCCUAAUUGAUAGUCCAAUUUUUCGCUUACGAUCGAAAGAUGUAGCAAGUCUUAAAAUUCCAUCCUAUCAAAGUUAGAUAGUAUAGAAAGUAGGGGGAACCCUGUGUGUUCGGACUAGUUUAUUAUACACGAAUAUUUUCUAAAAGCAAUAGAUUUAAUGAAAUGUGAAAUGUACAAUAAAUAUGAGGGUAUAACUCCUAAAAGUAUUAGCGUACCUGGUAUAUAGUACAGUACACGGUAUCUGGAAAGGAAUCCAGGUACCCAAAAGUUUAAGGGCCUCGAAAAUAAACAUAGGUUAUGUCGUAAUGUUUUGUCUAGCAUUUGAAAGUUUUGACUGUUGCGACGUUAUGCCACGUUAAAUUGUAAGAUACUUUGGGUGUUCUACCACCUUUCCAUGUUAUUGCAUGCGAACGUACAAACUUAAAGUGAUAUUAAAAUUGAAAGUAUUAUUUAUUUGUUGAUGUCAAUAGAAUAACUAAUUCGAAGUCCCAACGGUUUCUGUAUCGAGAGUUUUCGUGGGAAUAUGAUAUUAGGUAUGCUGUAGGAGCUCCGUUUAAUUAUUUGUAGGAACCAAUUUUAACUAACGCAAACGUAUGUUGAAAUAAUUGCGUGGGAGAUGUGAAAAGGCCGAAAUACACGCUAAAUACGGUUUUUUUUUUUGUGACAGCUCUGUAUUUCUAUGUUUAUCACCAUCGUCAUAUCAACGCAUUACCGACCCACUACAAGGGUUUAGGCCGUAGUCCACCACGCGGUGGUGCGUGCUGGGAUUCGAACUGGGCCCCCCGAAAGUGAAACUACCUAACCUAACCACUGGGCUAUCAACUCUACUCUGCUGCGCUCUGUUUAAAGGCGAUGUUUUUAUAUUUGGGCAGUCUGUACCGUCCAAAAAUUAUUACUGAAAUUAAAAAAAAGUAUUUAUUUAAAAAUUCCUCGAUAAAGAAAAAGCUCGAUUUUGCGCCCACUACGCGUCGCACCGCUCGCAUCCGGUUGCUCAACUUCUCUUUCGGGGGGCCGAAUUCGAAUCCCAGGACGCACCUCUAACCUUUCUAAGUUAUGUGCGUUUUAAGUAUGUAAUUAAAA